AAUUUAGCCCUUCCAACAAUCUAAUGUAACUAACUAAACGGCCAUUGAAAUACAAAGAAGCAAACUCCUUUUCCUACAGAAGAAAAUGAAGGGUAGAGAGAGAAAGCAACGGAAUUUCAUUCAAUGACAACGAUGGAACAGAACUCUCUUUGGAGUCCAAGAGAGAGAAAAUGCCUCUCUCUCCUCCAACAGAGGAACACGAGAGCCUCUGUCCUCCGAAUCCAUGCUUUCAUGCUCCGAAACGCUCUCGAAACCAACGUUAACCUCCUCACCAAAUUCAUCACUACCUGCUCUUCAAUUGCUGCCGUCGCAAGUCACCCACUCGCCGGAAUCCACUAUGCCCGCCGCGUGUUCGAUCACAUACCUCAUAGAGAUGACACUUAUCUUUGCAACACCAUGAUAAAAGCUCAUGUGAAUAUGCGUCAAUUCGUCAAAUCUAUUACUUUAUAUCGAACUUUGAGGAGGGACACUGGUUUCACACCAGAUAACUACACUUUUUCAACAUUGGCAAAGUCUUGUGGUCUAAGUUUGGCCUAUUGGGAAGGUCAAGAGGUACAUAAUCAUGUAAUUAAAAUUGGGUAUGGAUUAAAUCUGUAUGUAUCAACCUCGUUGGUUGAUAUGUAUGCAAAACUUGGGAAGAUGGUUUGUGCAAGAAGCAUGUUUGAUGAAAUGACUGAAAGAAGUUCGGUGUCUUGGACGGCUCUAAUCUGUGGGUAUGCAAGGAGUGGAGAUAUGGAAAAUGCAACUGAACUUUUUGAUCGGAUGCCUGAGCAGGACUCGGCAGCAUAUAAUGUGAUGAUUGAUGCUUAUGUCAAACGAGGAGAUAUGAAUUCUGCAAUGAAUUUGUUUGAGAUGAUGCCAGAGAGGAAUGUGGUGUCUUGGACUAGUAUGAUUGAUGGGUAUUCUAAUAAUGGUGAUCUUAAUUCUGCUAGGUUCUUAUUUGAUGCUAUGCCUGAGAAGAAUUUGUUUUCUUGGAAUGCGAUGAUUGGUGGGUUUUGCCAAAAUAAACACCCCCAUGAAGCACUGAAUCUGUUUCAUGAAAUGCAAUCUAAAACAUUAUUUGAACCAGAUAUUGUUACCAUUGUCAGUGUUCUUCCGGCUGUAGCUGACUUGGGUGCUCUGGAUUUGGGUGAUUGGAUUCACCGGUUUGUCCAAAGGAAGAAACUUGACAAAGCAACAAAUGUUUGCACUGCACUGGUAGAUAUGUAUGCUAAAUGUGGCGAAAUUACAAAAGCAAGAAGAGUUUUUGAUAAUAUGCCAGUAAGAGAAACGGCUACUUGGAAUGCUUUGAUAAAUGGGUUAGCAGUCAAUGGGUGUGCCAAAGAAGCAUUGAAAGUAUUUCUCGAGAUGAAGAAUAGAGGAUUUGAGCCAAAUGAGAUAACCAUGGUUGGCGUUUUGUCUGCUUGUAACCAUGGUGGUUUAGUAGAGGAAGGGAAGAGAUGGUUUAAAGCAAUGGAGGAACUCAGGCUUAUUCCAAGUAUUGAGCACUAUGGUUGUAUGGUAGAUCUUUUAGGGAGGGCAGGGUGUUUGGAGGAAGCUGAGAAGUUGAUUGAAAGCAUGCCUUAUGAGGCUAAUGGGAUAAUACUGAGUUCUUUCCUAUUCGCAUGUGGGUAUGUUAAGGAUGUUGCAAGGGCCGAAAGAGUAAUACAGAAAGCAAUUAAAAUGGAGCCGUUGAACGAUGGGAACUAUGUUAUCUUGAGGAAUUUAUACGCUGCUGAAAAAAGAUGGAGAGAUGUAGAAGAAAUGAAGGGAUUGAUGAGGCUAAAAGGGGCAAAAAAAGAGGUCGGUUGUAGUGUCAUCGAGGUUGAUAGUAGGGUUUGGGAGUUUGUUGCUGGGGAUAAAAAGCAUCCAGAGUGGAAAAUGAUACAUUCAGCCUUGGGACAUUUGUGGAUGCAGAUGAAAGGACAAGGCACUUUGUUAGAACUGGAAAACAUCAUUGAUUUCUGGUGAAGCUCAUGGCAAAAUUUCAGCUAAAAUGAAUUACAUUCUAGUAAAGUUCUAUAAUGUAUCAUAUAUGUGCACUAUACAUUAACCUAAAGAUCCAACAGAAUUUGACUACAUUUGAAUAUUUGAUGAUCAAAUAAAAAAAAAGUGCAACAUUUAAUU